AUGAAAGGGAGCGAUACCAAUGAUACCAUUGCCAGUUCUACGGAAUGUACUACUAGAAGUUGUUGUGAAGAAGAAGACUUCUUGGCAGUGCCUUUGAAAUGGGCCCAAGUCAGUGAUUUUCCAGUGGGUUGUCCCGUUCAACUUUCGUGUGACACGACGAACACUUCUACCGGUACCACUACCAAAGAAAAGGCCAUGCUGGCCGGGGCUCUGUUUGGAAGAGUGGUAGAGGUGGGUAUUGAUUUGUCCGACAAGAGCAGACCAGAUGUCUUCAAGGUUCAGCUGGACAUUGUCAGUGACAACCAUGACGAGGACAACCAGUCAACAUAUAUUACUGGCAAUACCAACGCAGUGUUUCGCGCCAAUCAACUCCAAUUUGCACCCGGCUGCCCUGUAUGGUUCCAACAGAAAGGAGACCCUUGUAGAGAAGAGGCUAGAGUCGUUGGAUGCUAUCCAGCGCCACUCUGGAACAAGAAUGAUACUAGCAGGACCUUGGCGUAUUCCAUACAAGCAGUGGCGGGAAACUUUAUAAUUCACCAUGGUGUCGAUCCAAGCCUAUUGUCGUUUCGGUCGCCUCAUCCAAACAACCACCACCCUCCCAAGUCAUUCCAAAACAAGAAACAAGAACUGCAUACACUAGAAGAAACAAAGCCCGCCCUUAGUACUCUUCAAAAUUUGAUGAAGCGGUCUGUCGUUCCACGAGUCUCAAAUCUUUUGGAGCAUGGAGUCAGGCAAGGGUGUGUGGAUCCAGGCACGAAGGAUGAACAGCCUCCCCAACAAGUAGGGCACUUGGAGAAGGAGGAGACUGGUCCAUUGGAUGUUGCAUCCUCACGUAGCGAGGACAAGUGCAGUCGCGCUCAAGAGACAACAGUCAAUCCGAACGCUGCGCAAGAGCCAAUCAUCCCAGAAGGUAGCGCUCAGGUAAUAUGCGACAGCUCGUACGAUCAAAAGUUGGAACAAGAGGAUGAGAGAGAACUGAGCGAGUUUCCUUCGGGUGACAGAAAAAGUGCUUCUCCAGAAACAGCGCGGGCGUCGAGCCCAGUUGUUCCCGUCUUUGCAACUUUGGCAUCCACCGCGGUUCUGUCUACCACGGAUGAUGAUGUCUCUGCUAUUAGUACACGGCAACAGCAAGCAAGUCCUUGCAGCGAGGACUUUCCAGUUGCAAUCACAGAUGUCCAGCCGCCGCGCGAUGGUAUCCUCCCUCAGACGACGACUGCGCCAAAGGAUGGCGAGCGUGACCAUACCGGAACCAUGGACACAACAACCCCUCUGGAAAAGCCAAUUGUCUCCUCGAUGGAAGAAACCCAUUCCAGCCAAUCCAAAGACAGAAUCGAUUUCUGUGAGGCAAGCACAUCUUCUGGGGUUAAACAAGAACGUUUGGACGAUGCAGAAUCUGAUGUUGCUCCUAUCGCGAACGACCAUCCUGUUGGAAAGUCCAACAAAUCCAACCAUUGCAAAAAGGCAAAACGAAAAUGGUCUGCCAUCACUGAAUUCAACGAUUUUCCAAACCCCUUUCAACACAUUGUGUUCGGGAGGCCUCAUCAAAUCAAGGACGCACGGAAAAUGCUAGCUCAGGGGGGUAAUCAUGACAAUGCCAUCCUCGAUCGUUGUUUGGCGUAUCACUUGAUCGGAAAAUGUUCUUCCGCGUGCAAACGCCGGUGGGAUCAUUAUCAACUUUCGUCGGAAGAUGCAAGGAGUUUGGAAGAGGCACUCGAACCUGUGACGGGGACGAAUGGCCCCAUCGUCAGUGAACGAGCAGCUCGUCGUUACGGUCGUGGAUAUGAUGGCUACCACGACCGUGACGACGACAAUGGCAGAAAGGGAUACUCGAGCAGCAGGUCCUACUACAACGAUGGACGGGGAUACCAAGAAACAAAGCGUCCAAGACACCGGUAUGAGUAUAGCUAG